AUGGGAGAAGACGACGGCGGGUGCCCCGUUCCUGCCACACAGCGGCGCCAGAAGAAGGUGUGGUCGGAGGAGGAGAAGCGCGCCUACUGGCAGAAGAAGAAAGCGGAGAGGAAGUGGCGCGGCAAGGCAGCCGCCGUGGAACGGCGUGAGCAGCAGCAGAAGGAGUGGGCAGAGCUCAGCGAAGAAGAGCGUGAGCGCCGGCGCGCGGAGGCUAUCGUUGUGCACGAGCGCCGGCGUGCCGCGGAGGGGCGGAAGCACGCCCAGUGUCUGCAGCACCUGGCUGACGCGUCCCUCCCCGUGCUGGUGUUCGACCUCAGCUUUGCGGGGUGCAUGACAGCCGCGGAUUGCCGCAGCACUGUAUCGCAGGUGAAGUUUAGCUACAGUGCGCUCCGGAGCCACACGUUUCCACUGCGUCCUGUCAUCACGUCCGUUGGCGGCCAAGAGGAGGCGGGCGCGAGCGUGCACGGCGAGCUGCUUCAGGAUUUGCGGGAUUUUGAGGGCUUUCGCCGCUACCCGCUGCCCAUCCAAGAGGAGCACUGGUCGACGCUCUACGCGAAGGAGCGUGUCGUGUUUCUCACUGCAGACGCUGAGAACGUGCUGGACCGGCUGGUACCUGAGAAUGUGUACAUUGUAGGUGCAUUUGUGGACCACAAUGCACGGAAGUUCCUCACGAGGGAUGCGGCAGUGCGGCACGGGGUACGGAUGGCCCGACUGCCACUUGAGGAAUCCAUCGAGGUGGGCAACCGCUGCAAGGUGCUGACGGUAAACCAUGUGGUGGAGGUGCUCUGCCGGUAUGCCGAAAGCGGGGACUGGCGGACUGCAUUUGAUGUGCUUCCAACCCGUCGUGCUAAUGAAACGCGACUAAAACGCUCUCGUGUCUCGUGUGGAGCGAGCAGUGCGUCUUCGGAUAAUGCGGUUAAAGUGGCGGGUGACGGUGGUGGUGAUGGUGAUGGUGGUGGUGGUGGGAAGGGGGAUGAUGGCUCUGAUAUCCAUCACGACACGACGCUGCAGCAGUAG